AUGUCGAUGAAGGACGUUCAGACGGCGCUGGAUGCCGUAGCUCGGCCGCGCGGGUAUAGCUGCAAGAAUGUCUCGUGGGAUGACGCGCAGCGUGGAACUGUGGGCGGGGGACUGUCCAGCAUCGGCGGCAACAUUACCGAUACGCGCCUCUGGGCCAAGGACGGGCGCCGUCUAUACACGCUGCGCUCCGACAACUGGAACGAAAAGCUGGGCGUUGUUUCGGCGGAUCAGGUGGCGCUGCUCGUGGGCAACCACCACGACAGUGACAGCGCCCGAGGCGCGGUCUUGGAGCCCGUGACCCUCCGCACCUUCUUGCGACGCGCCAGCGAGUUUGGUGGAUAUGCCGGUGUACCGGCAGGUACCGAUCUCGGCGCAGCGCUUGUGGAUGACAAGGUCUCAAUUCGAUUCCAGACCGUCUUUUUGCCAGUGCAGGACGAUGCCAGCCAGCGGGGGGCCCUCGAGUUUUGCACCGAAGCCUACAACUACAACACACAUGCCGACAGCGAUCCCCGCAAUCUCCUGCUGCUGUGCACCACCCAAGGCACGGCCGUACAACAGGACGGACGUGGAGCCAAGAAGCUCUUUCAUCACGCCCAUCACGAUGGCCAGAUCCACCGUUACUGGCUCGAGGCUGAGCGCUCAGAGCAUGCCGUUGGCGGUGCACAGGAAGAAACGGAGGCCGAGCGCGCCGAUGCCCUGGACCGCGGCAAGGCGACCGCCAGUGUGAUUGGCGUCCCAGCCAUGGGCACCCGCUUCAACGUGCUCAUGACCGUCCAGGUGCCGUUGGAGCAGGCGCGCAUUCAACCACGCCGCGGGAUGAUCAGUUCUGCCGCGUGCCUCAAGAAGAUGAAAAAGGGUGCGGUCGCCGAGACCUUGUGUUACUCUUCCAUGACAUCCUGUGCCAAGCCUCGUGCCCGCUGUGCUGGCCGAGGCCGGGGUGGUCGGGGUGGCCGUGGCGGUGCCUUCAUGCGGCCUGGUAUCUCCAAUGCCGCGCGCGUGUCCCGCGGCUCGCACGUUGAUACCUGGGCUGGCCUCACGACUCAAGCGCCCAAGCGGCAGGCCGCGCCCUGCACGGUGACCGUAGUCAUGUACUACACGGUGGCAGGCGGUGUGCCCUCCCCGGAAGAUGUUCGGGCCGCCAUUGAUGAUCUGGAUGCCCUCUACGCCAGCUGCAACGCCUCGGGUCGCCUGGCCGAGGCCAAGUUUGACUUUAUGAAGCACGAGCUUACCGUUCACGAGCAGAGCGACGUUAGCCACAAGGUGCAUGCCGAGCCCUACAAACCCGCACCAGUCCGCGUGGCCAAUCACAACAUUUUCCCGAACUCUCACACCAUGCCCGCGAAGACUUCGACAAGGCGACAGGACAAGGGAUUCUCACUGACCAGCACUGACAUCAGCCCAAGGCCUAGCAAGAGCGGCCUCGGCUUGGUUGGAGGGGUCUUGGUGAUCGUGGUGAACGGCAUGCCGCCCAAACGCAGUGCAGCGGCUGUCCGACGGGAUGCGCCCGCGGCGGCAACGGGGUCGACAGGCCUACCUGACGGCGGAUCGGUAGCUCCAGUUCGGACGGCCAGCGCAGCAGCGAGUACGAGUGGUCAGCCAGCGCGCAAGCGUGUGCCUGCUGUGGUUGUGGACGACGCUUUUUUGGAGGAAGGCAAGGCGUGGGUGCGCGCCCAGCGAAAAAAACUCCAACGAGCCGUCUCCCCGUUUGAGCUCCUCGACAUCAUUUCACUGCAGCUGCACCUGCGCCACGAGGCAUGGCAAGCCGAGGCACAGGGGGAACGGGCCCCCAAGCACCUAUGGUCUCGUGAGGUGGGCGCUAUCCUGGGCCGUGGCACGGACACCUGCGGUGACGCCUGGAAAGCCUUUGUCACGGAGCGCCGACUACCCACCUCCGCCGUGAGCACGGGGCCUCGGGGCUUUAAAGCCCGGCGCCUACCACGUACCAAAAAGCUACGGGUGGCUCUGCGCAACUGGCUCUAUGAAAAGGAAGCGUGCGGUGAGCGUGUGGUGGCUGCAACUGUCACCGGCUUUUUGUGUGCUCAAGGCUUUCUGCCAGCCUAUUUGCAACAUGUUGGUGGCAAGGAGCGGCUGGCCGUGCAACGCUGCGUGCAGCGCCUCGUCAACGACCUGGGCCUAAGUCGCAGUCGCCGCUCUGGCACCAUUCGUUACCGUGAAAAGCCGCAUGUGGCCCCCCAGCGAGACCACUACAUGGGCUCCAUGCUUACCGUGCGCCAUCAGCGACGCAUCGUCUACCUGGACGAAAGCUUUGUGCCUCAUGAUCAAGGUGCCGGUUCUCAGGCGAGCGAAGCGUCGGAUCUGACAGCAGAGCCGCGCGCGAGUGCAGCCAAAAGUCGUCGCUACUGCUUGUUGGCGGCGAUCCUGGGGCCCGACCCCGCCAUUCCAGAGCCAGACCGUCAACCCAUCCACCAGCCGCAGCUGCUGCGGGGUGCGCUGCAGAUCCUCGAGGGGGGCAAGAAGGCCGCCAAGGACUAUCGCGCCAUAUUUACUCCAGCGCUCUUUGCUGACUGGAUGGACCGCCUUUUAUCCGAACUGGCAAGCUUGGGCGUGCACAACGCUGUCAUUGUGAUGGACUCGGCACGCUAUCACAAGGCCCUGCCCCCCAGCACGCCGGUGCAAAGCAUGAAAAAGGAGGAACUAGUCCAUGCGUGCCAGGAGCGUGGCAUUCAUGCAAGUCUAGAAGAGACCAAAGGCGCCAUCUGGGCGCGCCUGAGUGCCUGGAUUCAGGAGCACGUGCACCCCAUCGCCGUGACCAAAGCCGAAGCCGCUGGCCACCAGGUUCUUUUCCUGCCUGCGCACUACCCAGAUUUGCAGCCCAUGGAAGCGGUAUGGUCCCAUAUCAAGGGCGCCGUUGGUCGUUCCUAUCGACCUGAUCGCUCUUUUGCCGAGGUUAAAGACGCGCUGAUUCAAGCUGUCAAUCAGCUGGAUGCUGCUACCAUCAGCGCCAUCCUCACCCAGACAAAUCAAGAGCUAGACAAACUGCAUGGUCUAUUGCUCCGCGUGGACGCGGUUACGAGCGUCGAGUCCGACUCUGAGGACGACGCUUCGGAUAGCGACGGCGAUGGUGAUAACGAGGGCGAUGGCGAUGGUGAUAACGAGGGUGAAGGCGGCGGUGUUGCUGAUGGCAACCGUACAGGCACCGGCGACGACCAGGACGAGGACAGUGCCGCUGGCACCAUGGCUACUGAUGUAGGCGGUCAAGGCGGACGCGACGGUGCCAGCGGUACCGGGCAGACCACCCUGUAUGGCCACGGCGAUAGGACGGGCCACGUUGAUGUGGGUGCUCAUCAAGAUGCACGCAAGACCAAUCACGGCAACUCAAGUCAGGUUUCGAGUGAUGGCCAGCAGAUUGCUGCCGCUCAUGGCCUGGGUGCUGCAACUUCUCUGAAUGCCCCCGCGGCCAUACAGCAAGAUGGUAGCGGGUUUGCCUGUCCCCACGCCCAGUGCGCAGCUGGUUGA